GCCAAGAACGCCUCGAGAGGGCCAGUGUCUACCCGGCUGGCAGGUGGAAGGGCUCAGGGACUCACAUUUCCUGGCCUGGAAAAGGUCCCGCCCCCCGCCCCUAUGACCAACAUGAGCUGGAGCUUCCUUACGCGGCUGCUGGAGGAGAUCCACAACCACUCCACGUUCGUGGGCAAGGUGUGGCUCACGGUGCUGGUGGUCUUCCGUAUCGUGCUCACGGCCGUGGGCGGGGAGUCCAUCUACUCGGAUGAGCAGACCAAAUUCACUUGCAACACGCGCCAGCCGGGCUGCGACAACGUGUGCUACGACGCUUUCGCUCCCCUAUCCCACGUGCGCUUCUGGGUCUUCCAGAUCGUCGUCAUUUCCACGCCAUCCGUCAUGUACCUGGGGUACGCCGUGCACCGCCUGGCCCGCGCCUCAGAGGAGGAGCGCCGCCGCGCACCUCGCCGCCCCCCGACCCGCGCGCCCCUGCCACUGCCGCCGCCGCCCCACCCCGGCUGGCCCGACACCGCUGGCAUGGGCGAGGAGGAGCCCAUGCUGGGGGGCCUGGGCGAGGAGGACGAGGAGUCGGGGGCGGCCGAGGGCCUGGGCGAGGAGGCCGAGGCCGAGGACGCGGGCGCGGUCAAGGGCGCAGGCGGGGACGCCAAGGCGGCUGGGGUCCCGGGUCCGGCCCGGCAGCACGAUGGGCGGCGGCGCAUCCAGCGCGAAGGCCUGAUGCGCGUGUAUGUGGCUCAGCUGGUGGCGCGGGCCGCCUUCGAGGUGGCCUUCCUGGUGGGCCAGUACCUGCUGUACGGCUUCGAGGUGCGGCCUUUCUUCGCGUGCAGCCGCCAGCCCUGCCCGCACGUGGUCGACUGCUUCGUGUCGCGGCCCACGGAGAAGACCAUCUUCCUGCUGGUCAUGUACGUGGUCAGCUGCCUCUGCCUGCUGCUCAACCUCUGCGAGAUGGCUCACCUGGGUCUAGGCAGCGCGCAGGACGCGGUGCGCGGCCACCGGUCCCCGCCCGGCGUCCCCGGCCCCGCGCCACGCCCGCCGCCCUGCGCCCUGCCGGCCGCGCCCGCCGGCCUGGCUUGCCCACCCGAUUACAGCCUGGUGGUGCGCGCGGCCGAGCGCGCGCGCUCCCACGACCGGGACCUGGCGAGCUUGGCGCUGCAGGCGCUGCGGGACGGGCACGCGUUGGAGGACCGCGACAGCCCGCCCUGCCCCGGCCUCCCUGCUGCCGCCAGGGGGCCCCAGCGGGCCGGCGCCCCUGCCUCUGGGUCGGGCAGUGCCACCUCUGGUGGCACGGGCGGGGGCCAGGGCAGGCCCGGCGCCAAGCCCAGGGCGGGCUCAGAGAAGGGCAGUGCCAGCAGCAGGGAGGGGAAGACCACCGUGUGGAUCUGACUGCCCGCCCCUGAGGUUGCCUGAGCCCCUCCAGGCCAUGGCUGGGGUGGGGGGCUCUAGGGGAAGGCCAGGGGCUGGAUGCGCAGAGCUCAGGGCGCGGAACACCACCUGCCGUCUAGGGGGAACCUGCGAAGGGUCCCCAGCUCUGAUCCCUAAACCCGGAAGGGUUUAUGGGACUGUGGCUGCGGGGGAGGGGGACAAUGUUCCUCCCACCCCCAGAGCCAGUCUGAGCCUCACCUGUGGGAGUGCUUGGCCCUGUCCUCUGAGCCUCCCUUGGACCCCUGGCUGCCUCAGGACAAGGGAUCCAGCGCGGGUGUGUGUUGGGGGGAGGGGGCUUCACUUUCUCCUCUGCCUGGUCCCGUGCAGCAGCCCAUGUGUGUCACUGGGUGGUGGGGGGUAUGCCUGGCCUGCUGAACUGGGGGCACCGCGCUCCUCCACACUGCCUGCAGCAGCAAAUGGGGAUCCUUCCCAAGCAUCCCCACCCCCAAACCACUUCUUGUUGUCCUGCAGAGCUGAGAGCACUCCUAGGUCCUUCUGGUACAGAAGGGGAAACCGAGGUGGGAACAGGCCGCAGAACGGGAACUGCCUCAUCCUCCUCUGGGAGAGCAGGGCCCGUCCCUUCUGUGCUGAGCUUCCCCCGCCACGUCCCUCCCCUCCCUUAUUCAGACAGAACCUCCAGAGCAAAUAAAAUAAA